AUGAUCAAUGGCCUUAUUGGACAGAAAGAGGGACGUCACGGUGGCCAAGGUUCGCUAUACACUGGGCAUCUACAGCUGCUUGGCCAGUUGGACGCGGAGCGCAAUCCUCGCCAGAUGAUCUUUGAGCUGGUCGCUGUGGAUCAGGGCGUAAAGCGGCUUACAGCACGAGCUCUUGUCGAGCUGACGCUGGUCAACGUGAAUGACCAUGCUCCAAGAAUCGCGUUUCUGGUGCAAGGUCGUCAAUUGCUCGACCAGCGUCUAGCUCUGCCCGAGGAGGUGACCCCGAUCGGGGCCUUGGUAGCGCAGGUUCAGGUUGCUGAUCUUGACUCACCUUUGGAACAAUUGAACUGUCGGCUUUUGCGUGAGGCAGAUUCUUUCGGACUGGAGGAGACCCCAGCUCCCGGCCAGAGUCCCAUGUCGGCCCCGACCGGAAGGCCGUCCCGAUUCACGGGGGGCGGAUAUGGCCAAACGUCUAGUGGG